UAUUUAUAUAGAUAGAAUUUUAUUUUAUAUUAAUAAUUUUUGUUAUAAAACAUUUACAUUGCAUGUUUUAUUAUUAAUUAGAUAGGGAAAUUAAUAUGAGUUACGUAAUAUUAUUCAUAAUACGUUAGUUUAAAAUAACCUAUUCUAAGAUACAAUAUAAAUAACAUAAAUGAUAUAAAAUGUCUUCAAAAAAAUGGUUUGUAAUUGGUAUUUCGGGUACAACAUGUAGUGGAAAAACUUCUGUAACUACCCAACUUCAUGAAAAGUUAAAAAACUCAAUAGUGUUACACCAAGAUAAUUAUUUCUUGCCGAAAGAUGAUCCACGGCAUGUUUUGGUAAAAGAACUUAAUCAUUUUAAUUGGGAAUUAAUAACUAGUAUGGAUAUGGACAAAAUGUAUUCAGAUAUUUUACAAUUAAUCGAAUCUUUUCCGAAUGAAAAUAAUUCUUCCGAAAUGAUCAACAAAAAUAUAUUAAUAUUAGAUGGAUUUUCGCUUUUUAAAUGUAAGGUUAUUUCAAAUUUGUGUGAUCGUAAAUAUUUCAUAAUGUUAAACAAAGAACAAUGUUGGAAGAGAAGGAAAGAAAGAAAGUAUGAUCCACCAGAUGUUCCUGGUUAUUUUGAAAAAGUUGUAUGGCCAGAAUAUUUAAAACACAAAGAUGAAUUAAUGAAAGACAAUGAUUUGUAUAAUACAGUAACAUUCAUUGAUGGAUCAAAAAGUAAAAAAGAGAUAUUUGAAAUAAUUUUUAAUGAAAUAAAAAAAUUAUCAUAAGA